AGGUGGCGAGCACCAGCUGGAAGAGAGUGCUGAUCAAAAUGACUGGGAAUCCCACAGAGAACGUGACGUCAAUGAGCAGGCACAGAGUCCAUAGGUCCCUUACUACGCUAGCUUUCGACAAGGAUAAGGAAGAGAAACUGAGAACGUACGAGAAGUUUAUGGUGGUGCGUCAUCCUUUCGAGCGGGUACUCUCGGCCUACAGGGACAAGCUGGAGGACUGGGAGCCUGCUGAUGCCACCUUCCCCAAAAUGGUCAAGCAGAAAUUACUGAAAUACAACAUCACCACCUUCACGGAGUACAUUCGCUUCAUCUCUCAGCCGGGUCGCGGUACUGUGGAGCAGCGAAACGAACACUGGUUGCCGAUGCAUGAAAUAUGUCAACCCUGCGCCAUACAGUACGACUUUAUCGGCAAGUAUGAAAACCUGAAAGAGGACUCGGAGUAUCUUCUGCUGAAGUGGCUGGGCGUGACAGACCUGAUCGGGACGUUUCCUGCAGCAACCAGACCCUUCCACGCCAGCCGCCACGACCCCAGGUACUUCGGCCAGCUCAGCAACCAGGAAAUCAUGGCCUUCUUCGCCAAAUACUUGCCAGACUUUAUGUUAUUCGACUACGACUUUGUUUGA